AUGGCUAGUACGAUACGGCGUCGCGCCAGAUCACCGGAAGUCAAGAACUGCACCCACAAAUUCGAUGACGCCGCGGAAGAUCCCCGUCUGCGCUUCUUCGGCAAUGUCAACAUCGACACACCCUCGCAGAACCCGGACGCGGUGACGCUCCCGCUAUCGUCCCUCCUCCAACACUACACACACUUGCUAUUCUCUACAGGGUGUACAGUACCCUUAUUACACCCAGCGCUGCCACCAUCAGCCUACUGCGUACCGGCACUCUCGCUCGUUCACUGGUACACACAGCAUCCAUCUCGUUCACCUACCCCGCCUCUCGACAAGAUUUCGCACGUCACACUCAUCGGGCAGGGCAACGUCUCUCUCGACAUCGCACGCAUGCUCUUGACACCGCCGUCCGAGCUAGCAAAGUACGACGUCCCCACUCCCGUCCUGGAUGUCCUCGCGCAGUCCGCGGUCGAGCACGUCUCCAUCGUCGGGCGGCGCGGCCCGUUCCAGGCGGCCUUCACCACCAAAGAGCUGCGCGAGAUGAUGAACCUCACCGACGCGUCCAUGGUCUCGCUGGACCCCGCCGCGCUGGAGCCGAGCGACGGUGCAGCGCUGACGCGCCAGCAAUCGCGCACGCUGCAGCUCUUGCAGAAGGGCUCGAAGAACAAGCCCGGGUCGACGCGCAAGACAUGGUCGCUCGACUUCUUCCGCUCGCCGACCGGCCUCGUCCUCCCCAGCGAGCCCGCCUCCUCGGUCCGCCCGCCCGCGCACCUCACCCUCGCGCACACGAUGCUCGAUCCCUCCAUGCGCGCGGUACCGACGGGGGAGACGUCUACGCUCCCGACGUCGCUCGUGGUGACCUCCCUCGGGCACCGCGCGGAGCCGAGCGCGCCGUGGUACGACCCCGCGCUGGGGCACCUGCGCACGCUCGGCGGGCGGGUGCUCGACGCGGCGGGGCGGACCGUGCGGAACGUGUACGCGAGCGGGUGGGCCGCGGUGGGCGCGCGCGGCGUGCUCGCGGGCACGAUGAUGGACGCGUACGCGGUUGCGGACACGAUCCUGCGCGACGCGUUCCCCGGCGAGGACGUCAAGACCGUGCCCGUUGGCGACGUCGAUGUUGGCGCGGGGGCGCGGACGGGCGGGACGGAGGCGGAUGGGGAGGACGUGCUACCAAGGACGGCCGAGGGGGAGGGCCCCCCGGUGGAGGUUGAGAAGGCGUGGCGAGAGGGACGGGUGACGGACUACGCGGAUUGGAGGGCGAUCAAUGCUGAGGAGGUUCGGAGAGGGCGCGAGAAGGGUAAGGAGCGGGAGCGGAUGGCUUGGGAGGAGGCCCGGGCGUUCCUAGCCCCUCGAUGA